AUGAAGUUCAACGAAAGCGAUUUUUUAGUUCUCAAACUUUACAAAAAAGAUGAUAUUUACAGACUUGUCAUUACUUAAAGAAUAAAAAAACUAGUCUCUACAGAUUUUAUAAACAAAGAUAGUACCUCUUCAUUAAAAAUUCGUUUAACCUCUGAGGGAGAUGUCUAUUAAAUUCUUAUUGAUAGAAUUACUACCUGGCAACAAUACUAUGUGAGCUUUUACAAGAAUGAAUAAGAAAUCGAGUAUAUUGGUAAAAAAAUCGAAAGAAUUUUGGAGAACAAUUUUGAUAAUUUAGAAGAGUAAAAAUAAAAAAUAAAAGCCAAGCAUCUUAAGCAAAAGCUUAACAAAAUAUUUGCUGACUUAACUAGCAAGGCUUAAAGUUUGAUUUAAGAAAUUGAUCAUGAUUUCAUUAUUGUUGGUAGAAAGUACUUGGUCUACUAGAAUAAGAUAAAUAUUUUCUACAUAUUACUAGAUGACAUUACUGAAAACAAAGAUUUCGAAAAAAUUAACAUAAAUUUAAGGAAAGGUAAAAUUUCUCAACUUGCAGAGGUCUAAAACAGAUCAUAAGUCUAGUUCGUCUAUCACUAGUCAAAGCCAUUUAAAUACAAUUAUAUUGUGACCUGGGAUUUAGAUAAAAAUAUUGAAGUUCAGAUUUUAGAAUUACCCUAUUAAAAAGGAUUGAGAGAAGAUAUAAGAAUAUAUAAAGGAGUUUCUGAAAGGCUGAAUUAUUAUAUACCUUAAGAUAAGAACUUUAUUUAUGACAUAAGAUUCGAAUACCCGUGUAACAUGUAUCAAGGGGAAUUAAUUCAAGACCACAUUAUUUCAAAUUAAUUUGAUGUCAUGGCUUAGAAUAACUACAGAAAUGAGAAAAAUAUAGAGGAAAAUACCCAAGUUGGGAUCCCAAUAUUAAGACAUCUUAAUUUCUCACUAGAUGGAAAUAAUUUCUAUCAUUAUUUAUUCAACAAUUUCACUUUCUUGAAGUAAUCGCUAAGAGAAAUAAAGAGACAAACAUCGGAGCUUAAUAAUGAGGAAGCAGAGUAUUAUAUAUACUAUCUCCUUUUUAUGAAUAAUAAAGAUGAAAGUCCUUUUGAUCUUUCAAUGAAGAACUUUACGCCUAGAUCUAUUGAUAUACUGCUGGAUAUACUUUCUAUUAACGACAACUACGAUUAUUUUAUAUUCCUUAAGAAGCAUUUAUUCAGGCUCCUUGAAAUGAAGAGUGAUAAAUUCGAAAGAUUUUUUGAUGAAUGCAGCUCUGUUAAAUCGCAUAAUAUAAGAGUACCAUGGAAAAUUCAACGAGAUUUAGCAUACUUUACUCAUAAUACUUCCUAUAUAAGCGAUGAGUUUAUUAUUGAGAAACUUAAAGUAAAGAGAGAAGAUUUAAACGAAACAGAAGAUGGACCAAACACAAAGGUAUUAGAUAAGAUUCUUUUAAAUCAAUAUGACUUGGUUCCAGAUAUAGAUGAAAUUUAAGGGUUAAGAUACUAAAUAGAACCUGGCUUCAACACUAGAGACUUAUAUAUGAAUACUGAUAAGAAAUCAGUUGUAUUUGAAACCUAUGAUUUUGGAUGGAUUCUAAAAGAUGAUACUGGUCAAUAGUUUAUAUAAUAUCUAAAAAAUCAAAGAAUAGACUCAGCACUUUUUACUUUAAAGAUAGUUUAAACAAUUAUUAAUACUUAGUGGAAAAUUCUCAGACAUAAAGUUGUACUGUACGAGUUUAUUCCAAUGUGUAUUCAAAUAAUCCUUGUCCUACUUUACAACACAAACCUGAAUAGAAAUUUGUUUACCUAUCAUACAUUUUAAAAAUACUCAGAAUAAGAGGAGAUGGUCUAUCAGAUAAUACAUUAUGUGAUUGGUGCACUCUAAACAAUUCUUGCUAUUUAUUUCGUAAUUUUGGAAUUUAACAAGUACAAACGCUCAAAAUCAAGAACAGUUCUUGGCUUCUUAAUUUAUCAUAUCUCUGUGAUUAUAGCAACUAUGCUAGAUAUUGGGCUAAUUGGAAUCUAUGAGGACAACACUAUUAAGGAUUUUCUAGAUAACCCACUAAGAGAUAUAUUUAAGAUAUUAUCCUCAGUAAUUGUUUUUUGGUCAUAUCUUAUGUUUUUAUUAUAACUCAGAAUAUUUGAAAAGUAUGCUGCAUUGAUUAACGUCAUUUUCUAUGUAAUAAAAGGCUCUAAUUUGUUUUUUAUUAUAUUUUUCCUAACUCUUUUUGGAUUUGGGAAUACUUAUUAUAUCUUGGCUACUUUAGAUCAAUAUGAAACCCCAGAUAAAAAGCUAACAGGAUCAGAUAUUUUAACCGCUUUUGUGUUUGCUUAUAGAAUAGUAUUAGUUCUUGCUGAAUUAGAAAAACUCAAGAAGAACGAGGAGAAUGAGUGGACAGGUAUGAUAAAUAGCAUAGAGAAAAAAGUUAGGAUAACUAUUGAGAAAGAGUAAGAAAAGACUGUUAGAGUUGUACAGAGUCUUAAAAAUAAGUUAAGAGAAGUUGGAAAUACUAUAAGCAAAUAGUAGGAAUUCUAAUUCGAAAUUAAGCAAAAUUUUGAUACUGUCAAAUUUGCUAUUGAAUAAAUUGCUACUUCAAUUUCAGAUUUGAAAAAGCAAUAGGAAAAGCUCGAAGAAAAGGUUGAUUCAAUAUAAAUAAUUGCUUUAGAAAAUUAAAAUUCAGAGAUUAAUUAAGAUAAAAUAGAGCAUAAACCAGAAGAACCACCCUAGAAGAUGAAAAGAUAAAAGUAAGUAGUGAAAUAGAAACGUAGAAAAGAAUCAUUUCAAGAGAAAAAAUAAGAUAAUGAAGAUGAUUUGCCAAACUAAACUGCUAGUAAAAGACUGACAAGGUCAUACACAAACGUAUUCUACCUAAAAAAUCAAGUUAAAAUAUCAUGA